UGAGAGCCUGCCUCUCUCUCUCUCUCUCUCUCUCUCUCUCUCAUUGUGUAAGUUUAGUUAAAUGGCUGAGGCCAGUAUUUCAGUAGCUCAGGAUCAGUUCAUCUGUUCAGUGUGUCUGUAUCUCCUGAAGGAUCCGGUGACUAUCCCCUGUGGUCACAGUUUCUGUAAGGUGUGUAUUAAUGGCUGCUGGGAUCAGGAGGAUCAGAGUGGAGUUUAUAGCUGUCCUCAGUGCAGAGACACUUUCAUUCCAAGGCCUGUUCUACGCAGAAACAACAUGCUGGCUGAAGUGGUGGAGAAACUGAAGAAGACUGAAGUUCAAGCUGCUUCUCCUGCUCACUGUUACACUGGACCUGGAGAUGUGGAGUGUGAUUUCUGCACUGGGAGAAAACACAAAGCCAUCAAGUCCUGUCUGAUGUGUCUGGCCUCCUUUUGUGAAACUCACCUGAAACCUCACUAUGAAGUUCCUGGAUUGAAAAAACACAAGUUAGUCGAAGCCUCUGGAAAUCUACAAGAGAAGAUCUGCUCUGAACAUGAGAAAGUGCUGGAGAUCUACUGUCGUACUGACCAAAGCUUCAUCUGUUAUCUGUGUAUGACGGAUGAACACAAAAGCCACGACACCGUCUCAUUGAAAACAGAAAGAACUGAAAAAGAGAGUGAGUUAAAGGAGGAUCAGAUGAAAUUCCAGCAGAGAAUCCAGGAGAAGCAGAAGAAGGUGCAGGAGCUGAAACAGACUGUGAACACUAUAAAGCUCAGUGCACAGACAGCAGUAGAUGACAGUGAGACGAUCUUUACUGAGAUGAUCAGCUCCGUGGAGAAAAAGCGCUCGGAGGUGACGGAGCUGAUCAGAGCUCAGGAGAAGGCUGAACUGAGUCGAGCUGAACGACUCCUGGAGCAACUGGAGCAGGAGAUUGCUGAUCUUCAGAAGAGAGACACUGAGAUGGAGCAGCUUUCACACAUACAUGAUCACAUCCAGUUUCUCCAGGAAAUAAAGGCUUUAGUCUCUGGCCGUCACUCUCCGUCAUUUGAAAGACCAAAUUUUCAGUCUGAUCUCUGUGAGGACUCAUCCAGCAUCACUGUCCAUCAACAUCUCUCAUUUGAUGGAGUGAGGAAAUCUCUCUCGGAUCUGAAAAAGAGACUGGAGGAAAUCUUCCAUGAGGAAUUCAUCAAAAUCCCUGGACAUGUUGAAGACGUUCAUAUUUUACUCUCAGAGCGAAAGAGCAGAGAAGAGUUUCUAAAAUUUGAGGACAUUCAGAUGUUACUUUUAGAGCCAAACAGCAGAGAAGAGUUUCUAAAUUAUUUCUGUGAUCUGACUCUGGAUCCCAACACAGUACAUUAUAACCUCAUUCUGUCUGAGAAGAACAGAGCGGUGAAGAGCAGUGAGAGAAAGCAGCGAUACUCUGAUUGUCCAGAGAGAUUUGACUACUACAGUCAGGUGUUGAGUAAGGAGAGUGUGUGUGGACGCUGUUACUGGGAGGUGGAGUGGAGCAGUCAGAGAUGUGUGCUAAUAUCAGUCACAUAUAAAGACAUCAGCAGGAAAGGUCGGGGUAUUGAGUGCUGGUUUGGAGGCAACAAUCAGUCCUGGAGUCUGCGAUGUUCUUCUUCUUCUCUUACUUUCUAUCACAACAACAUUAAGACUGAUCUCAGAGUUCCAUCAUCCUCCAGAAUAGGAGUUUAUGUGGAUCACAGUGCAGGAACUCUGUCCUUCUACAGCGUCUCUGCCACCAUGAAGCUCCUCCACAGAGUCCACACCACAUUCACUCAGCCUCUAUACGCUGGAUUCUGGCUCUACUGGGAUGUUUUCUGUAAAUCAAAAUCAUCUGUGAGGUUGUGUAAGUCUAAAAAAUAAAGGGUUUAUGGUGUUAAAUGGUCAGUAAUUUGUCUCUAAAUAAACUCCAUGCACUCUUCCUCUUUUGUGAAAAAAUGUUAACAUUAAAUAAUUAAAAACACUGAAUACUAAAACAUUGCAUUUCGUCGAAUUCUAGGAUCAUCAUUUACAUGUAAAGGAAAUUCUAUAUUAAAAUCUGAAUGUAUAGUGUGAUUAUAUAUACAGCUCUGGAUAAAAAAUGAGACCACUGCAAAAUAUUUUUUAUAUACUGCAAAAGAUUUUUUUUUUUUUUGUAACAGGUGCAUGUAUUGGUGAGAUGAAGAGUUUUGUUUCAUUUUUUGUGAACUGCUGACAAUAUUUCUCCUAAAUUCAAAAUAUAACUAUUGUUAUUUAGAGAGUAUAUUUAAAGGAAAU